AUGAACUCCUUGAAUUUCUGCGGGACGUCUAGCGGCGGUGGUGUGUAUCCCCUCCACGGGGUUCACUCCAUGCUGUUCGACCUGCACCACCAGAUGGCGGAGCAGUACCACGUGUAUUCGGCAGCCGGCUCCACCGUGCACACCCUCUCUGUGGCGGAGAGGCUGGCAGGACUUUUUGUUUCUCUGUGUCCUCCAGAGCUCAUUCUGGAGGCUCGAUAUGGAAACCAGCAGAAGCAGCGUCGCAGCCGAACGGCGUUCACCGUGUCGCAGCUUCAGGCUCUGGAGAAAGCUUUCCAGCAGACUCAGUACCCAGAUGUCGGCAUGAGAGAGAGGCUGGCGGUCUGCAUCAACCUGCCGGAGGCUCGAAUUCAGGUUUGGUUCAAGAACAGGAGGGCAAAGUUCCGUAAAGGUCAGCGGUGCUCCCCACUGUCCAGAGACCACAGUCUCGAGGAGGCACCACAUCGCAGCAAGGUGGGACAGGAGGAAGUCAGGACCGAAGACAAAAAGGACGUCACCAUAUCACAUACUGACAGAAACCUCUGUCCUCAUCUCUGCCCUCCUCCUCAUGUGGAUAAAACAAGGGAUGUUUGCGCCCCUCGCGCUCCUUCAGACUCUGAUGUUUCACGGUGCCCCCUCAGACUUCACUCUCCUCCACUUUUUCCCUUCAUGACAGGGGAGCGCUACAGCCAUCUGCCUCACCAGCCAGUUGUGGGAGUGCUGUCCACUGAGCUUGCCCUUCCCCCGGUGUUCUGGCCCAUUAUACAGCAGCACAGUUCCACCCUGGAGGUUCAUCCAUCGUCACUUACUAAAAACUGUAGCCUCUCCCUUCAGACUGCUUGUUCCAGUAAAGCUGUGCCACACCCUCACCUGGGGCUGCAACUGUAGUCCUGGUCUCCAACAGCCUGAGAUCUCUGCUCUUUGUGGACUCAGGUACACCUGAAGCAACCCUGUGUGGGAAAAGACAAGAGGGAGAAGCACUUACUGCCUUGUUCCCGUAAACCUGACUACAGACAGAAUGUGAAUUUAUUUAGAAAGCUUUAUUGAAUGUCAGCCUUUCUUUCUGAAGGGUUUUACAGCUGUACAGUCAUAUAUUUCCAGGUCUAAUCUGGGUUAAUUACUUUUAUCUACAGGUUGCUAUAUGUUAGCCAGUGAGUUUGCUUGAAAUAGGUUGAUGUUUAAUCCACCACAAGCAGUGUAAACACCAUUUAAAGAUAUCAUUGUCUCUUUCAGCAUUAUUUUGCUGGUUAUACUGCCAAGUAAUAAAGAUGGUAAAACCAUUUCAGAGAAGUUCCUUAUUGUAACUAGGCACUGCAACAUAGAAAUGUUAAAUAAAAUCAGUUGUACCUGUA